AUGGUUUUCGUGACAGCCUACGAAGCUCUGGGCCUUGCUGGCCUCGAGCAUUCUCUAGAGUCCACAGGCGCCAAAGCCAUUUUCGUGGAUCACCAUCUCUGUCAAAAGGUGACUUCUGCGAUGACAAACAAAGCUCUUCCUCGAGUUGAGGUUAUAGUCUAUAACGAACAGCUAAGUGGUACAUGUGAUUCAGGUGCUGAGUGGAUCAAAGGCUUGUUCGAACUCAAGAAGACACGACCAGGGCUUGAGAUACUCAACUUCAGCCAGCUAUGUCAGGUAGGCCGGAGCAAGAUGAGUGAGCCUGUUCAACCUGAUAGGGAGGAUCUUUGCGCCAUCUACUACACUUCUGGGUCUACAGGAAUACCGAAAGGAGUUCCAGUGAAACACAAGGCCGUUGUAGCGGCAGUCACAGGCCUUGACUCUGUGAUCGGUGACUAUCUAUCGCCUGCCGACUCUUUCCUCGCAUACUUGCCAUUAGCUCAUGUUCUUGAAUUCGCCUUCGAAAACAGCUGUUUCUUCUGGGGUGUAAAAAUGGGCUAUGGUGGUGCCCGUACGCUAUUCGACCAUAUCACUCCAUCCGGCACUCUCGAAGUGGGAGACCUACAUGCUUUCCAGCCUACCUUUAUGAUCGGUGUCCCUGCCAUCUGGGAAAGGAUUAAAAAGGCAAUUUUCUCCAGCGUCGCAAAUUCAGGCUUGAUUGACAGACUUGCUUUCUGGUCGUGGCUGAAAGCAAAAGAAGUGUGGGCCGCAACCGGCUUGGCCGGGACAGGCCGCUUCAAUGGAACUUUGUCGUCCGCCGCCAGUAAGGUGGUAGGGUCCCGCCUACGAUUCGCCAUGUCAGGCGGCGGGCCCGUAGCGGAAAGCACGCAGAACUUCUUGACCAUGGUGAUGGCUCCUUUGGUCAACGGAUACGGCUUGACCGAGACAAUGGCCAUGGGUGGUCUGAUGGAUCCCGGGCAAUGGCGACCAGGGUCUCUGAGCAUCCCGGCCAGCAUAGAAAUGAAACUGGUUGACUACCCUGAUGCAGGCUACCUCACCAGUAACACUCCAUCACAAGGAGAGAUCUGGAUACGGGGCGAUAGUGUUAUGGUGGGGUACUAUGACAACGACGAUGAGUCCAAGAGUGCAGUCGCGCCCGGCGGUUGGCUCCGCACCGGCGACAUUGGGCAGUGGGAACCCACAUGCAGCGGCGACGAUACUCAUUUCAGAAUCAUUGACCGGAAGAAGAACCUCGUCAAGACACUCAACGGAGAGUACAUCGCGCUUGAAAAGCUAGAGUCUAUCUACCGCUCUGCAAAUCUGGUGGCCAAUAUCUGCAUACAUGCAUCGCCUCACCGCGCAAAGCCCACAGCUAUAGUCAUUCCUUCACCGCCAGCCUUGAAGGAACUGGUCAAGAGACAUGGUUUAGAUACCCACUGUAAAGUAUCAGCACUCACACGACAUCCACUUGUCGUGCAUGAUGCCCUCAUUCAGUUGCAACAGAUUGCUCAAGAAGCCGGGCUUGCCUCGAUUGAGGUAGUCGAGGCAAUUGUGCUUGUUGACGAUGCAGAGUGGACUCCUCAGAAUGUUAGUGCCCCACUCAGAACUGCGUCAUGA